GCGGCGGCGGCGGCGGCGGCGGCGGCGGGAGCCCGGGCGGCGGAGGCGGGCGGAGGGAGGCGGCGGCGGCGCGCAGAGACGCAGAGCGGCAGCGGCAGCAUGUCGGCCGGCGGAGCGCCAGUCCCGCCGCCCCCGAACCCCGCCGUGUCCUUCCCGGCGCCCCGGAUUACCCUGCCCGCCGGCCCGGACAUCCUGCGGACAUACUCGGGUGCCUUCGUCUGCCUGGAGAUUCUGUUCGGGGGACUCGUCUGGAUUCUGGUUGCCUCCUCCAACGUUCCUCUACCUCUGCUACAAGGAUGGGUCAUGUUUGUGUCCGUGACGGCUUUUAUCUUUUCCCUCCUCUUCCUGGGCGUGUUCCUCUCUGGCAUGGUGACUCAGAUUGAUGCCAACUGGAACUUCCUGGAUUUUGCAUAUCAUUUUACCGUGUUCGUCUUCUACUUUGGAGCCUUUUUACUGGAGGCAGCAGCCACAUCCCUGCAUGACCUGCAUUGCAAUGUGACCACGGCUGUGCAGCCACUCUUGAGUGAUAACCAGUAUAACAUAAACGUAGCAGCCACAAUUUUUGCCUUUGUGACGACAGCCUGUUAUGGUUGCAGUUUGGGUCUGGCGUUGCGAAGAUGGCGACCGUGACACUCCUUAGAAACUAACAGUCUAUGUGUUGGUUUCAUUUGUCUACGUUAUGUGUCUGAUCAAUUUGGAUACCAUUUUGUCCAAAUGUAAUAACAUUCCAAAAGCAACUUGUUUAUAUAGAGAGAGCACCUAAGGACAAGUUUUGGUUCAUUUCAUGGAUGGAAUUUUAAUUUUAUUAUGAUGAUAAACAGAGAAGUGGCCUUUAAUUUUA